AUGGGGCCCCCGGGCAAUAGGGGAUCAUGGGGCCCCUGUGUCCUCACCCACACUCAAACCACACCCAAAAAGCCUAUGAAAGGUACCAGGGGCAUCUCAUGGGGCCUCCUACUGACCCCCGGCCCUCGGGCAGUGCCCGAGUUCCCAAACAGUCAGUCCGGCCCUGGUAAGGUGUCCAGAAGUGUUAACUACUGUCCAGGGGCAGACUGACAACUCAUGGGGCCCCCGGGCAAUAGGGAAUCAUGGGGCCCCUGUGUCCUUGCCCAAACUCAAAAAAGCCUAUGAAAAAGGUACCAGGGGCAUCUCAUGGGGCCCCCUACUGACCCCGGGCCCUCGGGCAGUGCCCGAGUUUCCAAAUGGUCAGUCCGCCCCUGC